GGAGCGUGGGUUGGGUCGGGACUGCGGGGCUGCGGGGUCGUGGCGGGCUGGGCCGGGCGGUUCCCGCGACGCUUGCGUGCACCGGAGGACGCGGCAGCCAGCAUGAGGCGGAGAUUGACUUGACAGUGUCCAGUGGAUCAACAGUCAUCCCACUGGCCUCUUCGUUGAGAGGGGAUCAUCGCAUGUAGGGAAGCAUGGAGGAGAAUAAGAAAGAGACAAUAAAUCAAGCUCAUGUCCUCUUUGACCAGUUCGUUCAGGCCACUACUUGUAAGGGAACUCUCAAGGCCUUCCAAGAACUCUGUGACCACCUGGAACUGAAGCCUAAAGACUACCGCUCUUUUUAUCACAAGCUCAAGUCCAAGCUUAACUACUGGAAGGCCAAAGCCCUCUGGGCAAAGCUGGACAAACGGGGGAGUCACAAAGACUACAAAAAGGGAAAAGCUUGCACUAACACCAAGUGUCUCAUCAUUGGAGCUGGUCCUUGUGGUCUUCGCACAGCCAUCGACUUAUCCUUAUUGGGAGCCAAGGUAAUUGUUAUUGAGAAACGAGAUGCUUUCUCGAGAAACAAUGUCUUACAUCUCUGGCCAUUCACCAUACAUGAUCUGAGAGGACUGGGUGCCAAGAAGUUUUAUGGGAAGUUCUGUGCUGGAGCUAUCGACCACAUCAGUAUCCGUCAGCUCCAACUAAUACUUUUGAAAGUAGCCCUGAUCCUAGGCAUUGAAAUCCAUGUAAAUGUGGAAUUCCAAGGACUUGUACAACCACCAGAAGACCAAGAAAAUGAACGAAUAGGUUGGCGGGCACUGGUACAUCCCAAAACCCAUCCUGUAUCAGAAUAUGAAUUUGAGGUGAUCAUUGGAGGGGACGGUCGUAGAAACACCUUGGAAGGAUUUCGUCGGAAGGAAUUCCGUGGCAAAUUGGCCAUUGCCAUUACAGCAAAUUUUAUCAACCGAAAUACAACAGCAGAAGCCAAAGUGGAGGAGAUCAGUGGUGUGGCUUUUAUAUUCAACCAAAAAUUUUUCCAAGAGCUGAGGGAAGCCACAGGCAUUGACUUAGAAAACAUUGUUUAUUACAAAGAUGACACACAUUAUUUUGUUAUGACAGCCAAAAAGCAGAGUUUAUUGGACAAAGGGGUGAUACUACAUGAUUAUACUGACACAGAGCUCUUGCUUUCCCGAGAGAAUGUGGAUCAAGAAGCACUGCUGAACUAUGCCAGGGAGGCAGCGGACUUCUCCACCCAGCAACAGCUGCCAUCCCUGGAUUUUGCCAUCAAUCACUAUGGCCAGCCAGAUGUGGCCAUGUUUGACUUCACUUGUAUGUAUGCUUCUGAGAAUGCUGCUUUAGUGCGGGAGCAGAAUGGACACCAGCUGUUAGUUGCUCUAGUUGGGGACAGCCUUCUAGAGCCGUUUUGGCCCAUGGGAACAGGAAUAGCCCGGGGCUUUCUAGCUGCUAUGGACUCUGCUUGGAUGGUUCGAAGUUGGUCUCUAGGAGGAAGUCCUCUGGAAGUCCUGGCGGAGAGGGAAAGUAUUUAUAGGUUGCUGCCUCAAACCACCCCUGAGAAUGUGAGUAAAAAUUUCAGCCAAUACAGCAUUGACCCUGUCACCAGGUAUCCAAAUAUCAAUGUCAACUUCCUCCGACCAAGCCAGGUACGCCAUUUAUAUGAUACCGGAGAAACAAAUAUUCAUUUGGAAAUGGAAAAUCUGGUAAAUUCUAGAACUACCCCAAAGCUGACUCGCAAUGAAUCCGUAGCUCGUUCAAGCAAACUCCUGGGUUGGUGCCAAAGGCAGACAGAUGGCUAUGCAGGGGUAAAUGUGACAGAUCUCACCAUGUCUUGGAAAAGUGGCCUGGCCCUGUGUGCAAUUAUCCACAGAUACCGCCCUGAUCUGAUAGAUUUUGAUUCUUUGGAUGAGCAAAAUGUGGAGACCAAUAACCAGCUGGCCUUUGAUACUGCAGAAAAGGAACUGGGCAUUUCUCCCAUAAUGACAGGCAAAGAAAUGGCCUCUGUGGGUGAGCCUGACAAGCUGUCCAUGGUGAUGUACCUGACUCAGUUCUAUGAGAUGUUCAAAGACUCCCUUCCCUCCAGCGAUGCCUUGGAUCUGAAUGCUGAGGAGAAAGCAGCAGUCCUGAUAGCCAGCACUAAAUCUCCCAUCUCCUUUUUAAGCAAACUGGGGCAGACCAUCUCUCGGAAGCGUUCUCCUAAGGAUAAAAAGGAAAAGGACUCAGAUGGUGCUGGAAAGAGGAGAAAGACUAGUCAAUCAGAAGAGGAGGAAGCACCCCGGGCCUGCAGACCAGGAAGAGCCACACUGGUGAGCACACUCACUGAUCGACGCAUGGAUGUAGCACUUGGCAACCAGAAUAAAGUGAAGUACAUGGCAACCCAGCUGCUGGCGAAAUUCGAAGAGAAUGCACCCCCACAGUCCCCUGGUGUGAGGAGACAGGGUUCCAUAAAGAAGGAGUUCCCGCAGAAUCUGGGAGGCAGUGACACAUGCUACUUUUGCCAAAAGAGAGUCUAUGUGAUGGAGAGACUAAGUGCAGAGGGCAAGUUCUUCCACCGGAGCUGCUUCAAAUGCGAGUACUGUGCCACCACCCUGCGUCUCUCAGCCUAUGCCUAUGACAUCGAGGACGGUAAAUUUUACUGCAAACCACACUACUGUUACCGACUUUCUGGAUCAGCGCAGAGGAAGAGACCGGCAGUGGCUGCUCUCUCUGGGAAGGAGGCAAGAGGACCCCUGCAGGAUGGCCCUACUACUGAUACAAAUGGACGGGCCAGUACCCUUGCCAACCCCACUGAGAGAACUCCAGGUUCAAGUGUGAAUGGCUUGGAGGAACCCAGCAUUGCCAAGAGGCUAAGGGGCACCCCUGAAAGGAUCGAACUGGAGAACUACCGCCUCUCUGUGAAGCAGGUGGAAGAACUGGAGGAGGUGCCUGAGGAGACACAGGCCGAGCACAACCUGAGCAGCGUGCUGGACAAGGGCACAGAGGAGGACAUUGACAGCAGUAGCUCUGAGUCCGAGAUGGAGGAGGAGGAGGAGGAAGAAGAAGAAGAGCAAGAGGAAGAGGAGGAGCUGCAGCUGCCCACCUCAGACCUGGGAGGUGUUCCUUGGAAGGAGGCUGUGAGAAUCCAUGCUCUCUUGAGAGGAAAGAGUGAAGAGAAUCUUGAGGCUUCUAAGAGCUAUGAGCCUGGGAAUGAAGAGGAGGAGGAGGAGGAAGGAGAGGAGGAAGAAGAAGAGGAAUCUAGUGAAGAGGGGGAGUAUUGCCCCUGGGUCAGAGAACUCCAGCAAAGCCGGUGGCUCCAGCUCACCUUAUGGAAAGAAGAUCCGGGUACAUGUAAAGCUGGGAGUCAGAGAUUCCAGCAGAUCAUAAAUACAACUGAUCCACUGGAGAUUCAGGCUGACGUGCACUGGACGCAUAUUCGUGAGAAAGAGGAGGAGGAGAGAAUGGAACCAACCUCUGUGUCCUCUUUUUCUAGAGUUCCAUUUGAUGAGAAUGAUGUGGAAGAAGAUGUGGACUCAGAGCCAGCAGAAAUAGAAGAGGAGGCAGCUGAAAAUGGGGACACAGGGGACACUGGUGCUGAGCUGGAUGAUGAUCAGCACUGGUCUGAUGACAUCCCAUCAGAAGCAGAAGCUGAAUCUCUGUGGCACCAGAAAGAGGGUCAGGUGGAGCUGGAACUGAGAGUAUCAGAAGAGGAGGAGGAACAACCACCCACCAUCCCAAAGUGCCAAGAAAAAGGCCCCUCCUGUAUUUCCAGCCCUUGCCAAUCACCUGAGCAGGAGAAAGCUGAUCAGUUCACCCCAGUUUACCACCUGGAAGCAGAGGAGGCCCGGAUCCCAGCCAUCUCUGCUGCCACCAAGCUGCAGUCACCUGAGGAAUGCCUUUUCCCUCAGCCUUUGUUCACCAAAGAGAAGCCUGAGGUGGGAGCCCCUGUCAGUCAGAAGACCAUGAACUCUCCCAUCCGAUCUCAGCCUGUGUCUCUGCCAGAAGCAGGAAGCCCUACCGCCCUGACUUUGUCACAGUGCUUACCACCACUGGCCACCUCCGCUGACCUCUCUACCCAGAGACCCAUUUGCUCCCAGCCUCAGUCUUCUGCUGAGACCUCCGUUCCUCCCCCCACAGUGUCUCCUAUACGUUUCCAGCCUGUUCCCGUUAAGACCUCCACACCCCUCACCCACCUCCCCAUGAAGAACCAAGGGGACACUAAGCAGAGACUGGGCAGCCCUCUUGUGGACGAGGAUCUGAAACGGAGUGACCUGGUGGCAGAGUUCUGGAUGAAGAGUGCAGAAAUCCGCCGUAGCCUUGGGCUCACACCUGUAGAUAGGGGCAAGGAGCCUGAGCCCAGCAUCCAGUCCCCUGCACUGAAACCAGUGUCCCUAAGAUCCUGCUCUAUUGAGCAGGUACCUCAGGGCGAUGGGCUCCAUCUUCUGAAACCCUUACAUGCCCCUAAGAAGCUGAGCCUACCCAAAUCGGAUGGUGAAUCUCCAUCCCCAUCGACCCCUAAGUCUCCAUCAGACCGAGAGCUGAAGCUCUCCCACGAGGAGAGGAGGGGCCUGUCUAGCAGCUCUGGGCUGGGCCUGCAUGGCAGCUCGUCCAACAUGAGGACUUUGGGCAGCCAGAGCUUCAACACCUCGGACUCCACCAUGCUCACCCCACCUUCAAGCCCUCCUCCACCCCCGCCCCAGGACGAGGAGCCUGCAACCCUUCGCAGGAAGCCAUAUCAGGCACCUGGGCAGAAGGAAGUAGACCUCAAGGCCUCGGUGCUUCCACCCUCUACCCCUGCCCCCUUCAUGCGGCCCCCUCGAGAUCCUGCCCAGCCCCCCCGGGAGGAGAUACGGAAGUCAUUUGUGGAGAGUGUGGAUGAGAUUCCUUUUGCUGAUGAUGUAGAGGACACAUAUGAUGAGCAGACAGAGGACUCAAGUCUGCAAGAGAAGUUCUUCACCCCACCCUCCUGCUGGCCCCACUCUGAAAAGCCCUUGCACCACCCCCCAGCCAGGGAGAAUGGAAGGCUGCCUGCUCUGGAGAGAGGGGCACCGCUGCAGAGGAGGGGGCUGCCUGCUGUCUCUCCAGAAGCCAAGGAGGUGGCUGAGGAGCGCAUGCGAGCCAGGGAAAAGUCUGUCAAGAGCCAGGCAUUGAGAGAUGCUCUGGCCAAGCAGCUAAGCAGGAUGAAGGACAUGGAGGCAGUUGGAACUUCCAGGCACCCAGGAGGCACCUCCCACAGAGCCUCUUCGAUGCCUUCCAGAGGCAAAGAACUUGGCCUCGAGUCCCCAAAACACACAGUGCUCAUAGGCUCCAAAGACUCCUCCACCCUUAAGCAUGAAGCCACGAGUGAGGAGAUCUUAUCGCCUCCUUCGGAUUCAGGGGGCCCAGAGGGUUCCAUCACCUCUUCUGAGGGCUCCAGUGGAAAGAGCAAAAAGAGAUCGUCCCUCUUCUCCCCUCGAAGAACCAAAAAAGAGAAGAAGCCCAAAGAAGAAAGACGACUCCCCGAGAAGCCCAGCCCCAAACUCCUAGAAGAAGCUGCUACCAAGCCCAGGUCCCUGUGGAAGUCAGUCUUCUCUGGGUACAGGAAGGAUAAGAAGAAGAAGGGGGAUGAUAAGUCCUGCUCCAGUACACCUUCCAGUGGUGUCACAGUGAACUCUGGCACACAUCGGAUCUCUCCCAUCGUGAGAGCAGAACUGCAACUCCGACGCCAGUUGAGUUUCUCUGAGGACUCUGACCUGUCCAGUGAUGACAUCCUUGAGCGGUCUUCCCAGAAGUCCAAGCGAGAGCCAAGAACCUACACAGAGGAAGAAUUAAACUCCAAGCUGACCCGGCGUGUGCAGAAGGCAGCCCGGAGACAAGCCAAGCAAGAAGAACUUAAACGGCUACACCGAGCCCAGAUUAUUCAACGGCAGCUGGAGCAGGUGGAAGAGAAGCAGAGGCAGCUGGAAGAAAGAGGGGUUGCGGUGGAGAAGGCGCUCCGUGGGGAAGCAGACUAUUGGGGAGAGUCUUAUUACAGUGACCUCAUCGACUUGCAUCUGGGUGGCAUGGGUAAGAAGGAUGACCCCAAGCUGAUGCAGGAGUGGUUCAAAUUGGUGCAAGAGAAAAAUGCUAUGGUGCGCUACGAGUCGGAACUGAUGAUCUUUGCCCGGGAGCUGGAGCUGGAAGACCGGCAGAGCCGCCUGCAGCAGGAGCUGCGAGAGCGGAUGGCAGUGGAAGAUCACUUGAAGACUGAGGAGGAGUUGUCAGAGGAGAAGAAGAUACUGAAUGAAAUGCUGGAGGUGGUAGAGCAGAGGGAUGCUCUGGUGGCCCUGCUGGAGGAGCAGCGGCUUCGGGAGAAGGAGGAGGACAAGGACCUGGAAGCUGUCAUGCUGUCUAAGGGCUUCAGCCUGAACUGGUCCUGAGCACCCAUUCCCAGACUAACUGGCUACACCGUGGUCUUGAUCUGACCUGGCUGGAUUAUCCCAGACCCCCAGCCUGUACCCCUAGCAGGCCUGCCACCUCCUGGAAGUUUGCACUUGUGCAUAUGUGCCUCUUGUAGACACGAGCACACUACAUCACUGCUAUGGUGGCCCUGAGUAAAGAUGAUUAUCAAGGUAAAUAACCUCCUUGGAGAGGUCCAGCAUACCCUCCCACUCAGAACGGGGGGAGUGUUUAACUCAAGAUGGAGAGAAAGAAAAUCACCCCUGCCACCCAACAAGGAUAAGCAUGCAGGAGCCGUGGGCUUUUCUGUGCUCCUUGAAGCACCACCAAAGGAGCACCCAGGAAAGCAAGAUGUGAGUCCAGCCCCAGAAACUCACUGUGGCUGAUCAGGGCAGUGCCUGGCCCAGCAUGCCUCACAGAAGAAGCUUGGGGAGGCUCCUGAACACAUGCAAUCGGGAGAUCCAGGAAGGCUGUUUUCCAACCCUAGCCACAGACUGGACUCCAGUGGUCAAAUGCACAGGUUUCUUUGGAACUGGCCUGAGGCCUGUAGAUUGCUGCAUUGUGCUUUUAAUUCACAACCAUUUCGACACUGGAAAAUACUGACUUUGGGGGACAAGGUUGAGGCUCCUUAUUUUAAGCUCCAGUUGACAGAGGCACUGUCACUGGCACUUCACAUCAGCUCAGGAGAUCAGCCUUAUCCUUGACAUUUUUCCUAUGUUUGCACAUUGAAAUGAAGCUGACAGCCUGAUAAGAUGUUCAGCCACUUUGUACCCUUACUGUCAAUUUAACUUAUUUUUUUAAUACUUGAACAAAAGCAACUUCGGUUUUUUUUUUAUCUUUACUAGAGACACUGACCACCCAGCACCAGGUAUAGGAGCAGCAGAGAUAUCUGCUGAAUCCCGCACCGCACCACCUGUAAACACUUAUUAUAUUCACCUAUUUAUUAGCCCUUUUCAUAGUGUUACUGACCCAGCUGGCAUCUGAGACCCUGCACAGGUCCUUGCGCAUAUUUCUCUGUCCCCUCCUGUGCUGUGUCCCACUCCCUCCUUCACCCACAUCCCACUCUGCCACCAAACUCACCUGCACUGCCCAUUUGUCCAGGAUAUGUUGUAGGCCUGGGGGAGGCUACUGACCUCUCCUUGUUGUAGUCUGGAUCUGCAGAACUCUUUUUUUCCCCUUCAGUUUCAGUGCCAGGGUUUCAUCUCCCAUGAUAUUGAUUAAAAGAACUAUAGAGGGCAGGCUGAGACAGUUUGCAAUGGGGUCUUGUAAUCUGUGUAGCUGCUGAGAACUCCAGCCAGCCAGCCUUGGUUCCUACCAGGUAGGAAGGCCUAUGCUGUAGCCAGUGUUGGGAUCCAGAUUAGUCUGAAAGAUGAGCCCCCAUUGAUGACCCCAGCCUUCUUUCCAAAGUGAUGAAACCUUCCUGUCUCCAGAUCUUCAUGGGAAGAUGGAGUGCUAAGCACUAUGUAACUAGCUCCUUGAGCCAAACUCUUCACUUCUCAUGAUUUAUCCAAAGCCUCGCUGACCAUAGUCAGAGCCACUGUGUGAGAAAAUCCAGAGGCGGGGAAGAGCCAGGCUUGUCCACAGAAUUAGUGCAUGGUCAGCCUGCUGAGAAGCCCUUCAGUGGGUGGCCAGUCGAGAAGCACCUUCCAAUUCAUUCCUGUGGGAAGGGGCCAGAGAGAGAGAACAGGCCUGGAAAUUCUUUAAAGGAAAGACAGAUCAGCCUUGGAACUUCCAUUGGGAACCACUUUGUGCCUCAAGUUGAACAUUCAUUCUAACUACAAAGGUGUAAAGAACCUUAUUCUUCACUUUGUCAAAGCUGCCAUGUCUCUCCUGUGCGGUCCAGGAAAUGUGCUGCUUCCCACCAUCGUGAAUGAAGCUCUAAGCUCUAACUGACUUCAGUUCUCUGAUGAGUAAAUCUUCAUGUUUUUAUUCUCUUAAAAGAUUGAAGAGGAAGGUACUCUUGAUUUCAUCUUUUCACCCCAACCUUCUAAUUAAAUUGAAUCAGGACCAGAUCUUCCUCGCCUGGGUGGCCUUUUUCCCCACUCUGCCACUUCUCGGCUAUCGCUGUCAUCGGCCAAAUCUUGGAAAACUGUCUUCAUCCUUUACAAAUCCCAGAAAAAGGAAGCCGCAGUGCUCUGCAGAGGUGGCCAAAUUAGCCACCUAGUUUCUAGCACCUCUGUCCUUCCAAAGCACAUACUGCAACCUGCAGCUACUAACAGGAGAGCUGAAGGAAAACAAUAGAGAAGUCUCAAAAGUUCACAAACCUGCAGAAUGUUCCCCAGCUUUGCCCUCCCCACUUUUCUCAGACUUCAAGUUUCAGUGAAGCACUUUCUUUUUUCAACUUCUUUUUUAUAACCACUAUGUUGCAGUGUGAGUGCUCCCUUAAUGUGCUGCAUGAAGUGUUCUCCAACUCUACAAAUGCAUGCAGCUCCAGGCAUAUUUUCUCCCCAAGAGUUAAGGUUUCCUGGGGCCAGAGUGAUAGCACUGUGGAUAGAGCAAUUGUCUUGCACGCAGGUUUGACCCCCAGUAUCCCAUAUGGCCCCCAAGCCCACCAGGAGUAAUUUCUGAGCACAGAGCCAGGAGUAACCCCUGAGAACUGUAGGGUGUGCCCCCCCCCAAAAAAAAGUUAAGGUUCCUAGAAAACAGAGGGAGCCAGAGUGAGAUUUGAAAUGCCUAAGUUUGCGUGAUUGCAAUCAUAAAGCAGGUAUCACAGGGAAUGAGGGUCCGCGUCACAGAGAGCAGCCUGAGAUGGAGUGCUGGCAAAUCCAAAACCCUGCCUAAGUGGUGUUUUGAACCCUUUGUUCCCAGGAAUCAUCUUUCAGCUAGUUUAAUCAUCAGUGACAUACUACUCUUUAUCCUUCUCAAACAAGAAUUUUUUUUUCAGCCUGGCAGGAAGAAGAGAGUUUUAAAGAAACAUUUUUAAAGGUGGUAACAAUUGACCUUCAAAGGGGAAUUGAACGUUUUAUGCGCAAUUAAAUUUUUUUAAAA